AUGCAUGGUCUUGUGGGUACGCCUUACUACAUGUCACCGGAGAGGAUACAUGAAAACGGCUACAACUUCAAAUCUGACAUCUGGUCGCUAGGAUGCCUGCUCUAUGAGAUGGCAGCCUCACAGAAUCCGUUCUAUGGGGAUAAGAUGAACCUCUACUCACUUUGUAAGAAAAUAGAACAGUGUGACUACCCCCCUCUUCCCUCAGAUCAGUAUUCAGAGGAGCUGAGGAAAUUGGUAGAUAGGUGCAUCAACCCGGACCCGGAGAAGAGGCCGGACAUCACCUACGUGUAUGACAUUGCCAAACACAUGCAGAACAUGACGCAGGGCAGCUAAGCCCAGAGUUACGCACACUAUGCCUUGCAGAACUCCUG